ACUUCAGUCGAAACGAUUUCUCUGUUCUUGUUGGUUGAUUGCGUCUUUUAAACGAAAUAAAUUUAAUUCAAUAUUUUCCCUACUUUAAGAAAGAAAAACGUCGUGUUGUGUUGUUUGUAUUUUUGAACCGAUUUAACACCAAACUACGACGACGGACGACGGCCACGGCAACGACUGCGACGGGCGACGGUUUUGGUUUUCGGAUUCAAGUUUCAAGAUUCGGGUGUGUUUUCGUUUUCUUCUAAAUAUUCUAAUGUCCCCCUUUUUAAAAUAGAAACAACACACAAAAAAAGAGAAGAAAAAAGUGCAAACACAAAAGAAAAUUCAUUGAAAUUCACAAAGAGAGUGCUACGCAAAAUCAAAAUCAAUAAAAAUAAUAAAGGAAAAAGUGCACAAGAGAAGAAUACAAAAAUACAAAAUGUGUUUUUGAAAAAUAAAACAUCUUCACGACGAAAUGUGAGAUGUAAAUAGGCUGUGGCAUCUCUACAGCCUCCCAAUUUCAAUUCGAAUUCAUAUUAAAAUCCAAGAAAAUAAAAAAUAUUCUGAGUAGAAAAUUCGAAAAAAAAAAUUCCAAAGAAAUUUAAAAGUGAAGAAGUGAAAAUUAUUUCCAACUUGAAUUCAAGAAAAUAAAAAUAAAGGAAAUCUAAUUCCAUUUAGGAAUUAAAGAAAAUAAAAUAUAAUAGUUUUGUCUUUCUCGUAAGUUCUUUUCUAAAAAUAGUGCUCGAAUAUGAGUGUCUUCAGUGAUUUUCAACGCUUGUGGAUGCAGCGGUUCCCCCAGAGCUCCCUGUCCGACGCCUGGGAGCAGGACGUGCGUGCCAGUCUCGAACGUCACAAGCAGAAGAUCCUCGAAAUCAGCAAAGAGCUCGAACAGGAAACAUUGUAUGUGGAAUAUCUGGAAAGAUUGCUUUCGGACGUCGAGAAGUACAAGGAAACGGGUGGGGAUCCAACUACGUUGUUCGAGGCUGCCACCACCACCACCAAUAAUUCGCAGCAGCAGACCGCAGCUGCCACCACGACCAUAGCUGGGUCGACAUCGUCAUCCAUUGAGGAAUCUUCGUUGGCGGCGCUGGAAACUACUCCACCACUGCUGACCACAGUUGGCCUUCGCGAUAGCCUUAAUGGGAGCAGCAGCCAUCACGACAACAAACAGGUUGAGGAGAGCGUAAAUCUACGUGAAGAUCGUGCUAGUCGCGAAAUCAACAAACGCGUCAGCUACAAAGAAACAACCAAUAUAAAUAACGGCAGCACCAGCGCAUUGGACAAUAGAAAUAGCAGCAAACAAUUAGACUUAGCCAUCACAUCAGAUGACAAAGAUUCUCGAACAGAAAAAGACAUUAAAAAUAUGCAAAUACAAAAGAAUGGAGCACUUAAUCAAUGCAUUACAGAGCUGGCAUCUGGUUUCAAGGCAGCCGAGAUAAAUGCGGAACAACACCAACAGCAACAGUCUCAGAAGCAAAAGCAGCAACAGACCGUCGUCGGUGGUGUUGUUAGGGAAGGAGUUAAGCCAACAUCAACAACAUCAGAUACUGGAGGGAGUAGCAGCAGUUGCAGUAGCAGCUUGGAUAGGAGCAGUAAUCGAUCAUCGGACAAACCGUCACACUUUGUAACAGUAAUUGAAGUAAAUGAGCCCAAUACAAUUGUGGAGCCGAACAAUGUCGCCUCCACAAGCAAUGGCAAUGAACAUCACCAGCCUACGCAGUCUGUUGCAGCGAUUGCAGCUGAAGUUGUUCCAGUGAGUUGUGCGUCGGCGUUGCCAGAAACCACUGUUGCCAGCAUCAACGAUCAUGAUAGGCAUUCGAGUGAGAAUGAGUUGACAUUUAGUAGUUUCGAGCGUAAGUCAUCGAAAAUUGAACCAACUGCUCCGCCAAUGUCACCGGCUAUGACGUCUUCAACUUCAGUUGCUGCAAUGUCUUCGGCAUCGACAUCGCCCUCAUCGACGCUUAUGACAUCGUCAUCAUCGUUGUUUAUGUCAAAUAUAGAUGCAAAGAAAAAGGUCCCACCGAGACCACCGCCGAAGUACAUGAGACGUGUGGAACCACCUACAGUCCCAGGAGGAAAUAUUCAGCUAUCGUCAUCGCCAAAACGUGACAUGUCUACGACAGGCAAUAAUAUAUUGUAUGAGAGGGGCAACAGCCAUAUAGGUCUUACUACGAGCAGCAGUGGUGUGAGCAGUGGUGGUUCCUUGUCUAACAAUAACAGUCCUUCAAGUUCAUUGGAACGUAAUAUCAAACCAUCGGAUAUAUUACGGCAAAAGUCAUCUGACUCAUUGGAAGCCAAAUCAUUUGCCGGCAAUCGCAAGACAACCCCCGAAAUGAGUAAACUCGGAGCAGGCCUUAAGGCUAAUGAUUUGGUAGAGGAGUUUGGUCGUAAGAUAGCAAAAACCGAAAGUUUAGAAAAGACCAAACGCAGUGGAGUUGGGGAUGGCAUUUCAAAACUGAAUCAUAGUCCCACUGGGAGUUUGGGUAAAACAACGGGUGGUGGUGGUGGUAAUGGAGGAGGUGUUGGAGCAUCACCCACUGGAAGUUUGAGUAAGUUCAGUAGUGCCAGAUAUGGAAAUGGUGUGAUUGCAGGAGAUAAUGCAUCGCCAAAUACAGGAAGUUUGGAGAAGAUGAAACUAAACGAUGGCAGCAAUGGACGAAAUGGUAGUGGAAAUGGUGGUGGAGGAGGAAGUGGCGGAAACUUCCUAGAGACUAGUCUGCAUAGUCUUGGAUCGAAGGAGUCAUUGGCAUCACAGGGCAAUAUCUCUGAGAUUAUAAAAAGCUACGAAUCGAUCUCUUCGCUUAGUUCUGAUAGCACUAAAGCACAGAACCUGGACAACGAACCAUACUACGAUACAGUACCAAUGGAUAACGGUGAUGGUGAAUAUGUUUCUUUAGUACCCGGAGGAUCUGUGUCAACAUCAAGUCGCGAUGAUUUAUCAACAGCAGGAAGUACAUUACCAAUUGGCAGCGGUCCAUACCACCACAAUCAGCAUCUGCAACAUCAUCAUCAUUCGUCGUCUAGUCGCAGCCACAUGAGCAGUCAGACGAGCGUUGUAGAACCAGAAUCUCCUGGCCGGACCUCAAACUAUGUCAACAUUGACUACUUUUUGCACCAAAGAACCGAGACACGAUCGAGUUCACUGGACAGUGAUGGUGAAGGUGAUGGUCCACCAUUAAUACGUACAAUACCGCACGAUGAGCAACCAGCAUCACAGACUCCAAGUGCUUUAAGAAAGAGUUUAGUUUCGGCAAUACUCGCUUCCGGCAGUGCACGUGGUAAUAAAAUCCGAUCGAUUCUAAAUGGAAUCAUUGAAAGCGAGAAAAUCUAUGUCGAGUGCUUGAACACCAUGAUCCAGUAUAAAAAAGCAUUCCAUGCCACCCAUGGUACAUCUCAACCUGUGAUGCGUAUUGACGAAGAGAAUACGAUUUUCUUCAAGAUCGACGAACUGCACGCUGUGCACACUGAUUUCUUAAGUGAUUUACGUUCGAUUGUUCGCAAUGAAGGUGGCGAUGUUCUGGUGGGAGAUGCCUUCAAACGUCUAGCUGAUAUGUUCACUUUGUACAGUGCAUUCCUCCAUAACUACGGACAAGCUAUUGAGACGGUCAAAAAGUGUAGUGCCAAUAAUCCGCAAUUUAAGACAAUCGUCUCGAAGAUAGUAUUAAAUUAUAGCGAACAAAAUCCACCAUCGAUGCAAACUCUCGAAGAUUUGUUACAUAAGCCCGUGGCUAGGGUUCAAAUCAAUGCUCUCGUCUUCAAUGAUCUUCUUAAUGAAACACCCCCCAAUCACCCCGAUCACCAGGCUUUGCGACAGGCCCAAAAGACAAUACAUGCUUUUUUGAAGCAAUUCAAUGUGGUCAAUCAGCGAUUACCCUCGGAAUCCAACAAGAACCUCCGAAGAAUGGUUAAGAACUCCUUCAUCGUAGAGCUAGUCGAUGGUCAUCGAAAAUUGAGACAUCUGUUCCUCUUUAACGAUGUAAUUGCAUGUGCCAAACACAAGGGAUCCGGUCGUGAUCGACUUGAAUACGAACUGAAAUGGUUUAUCCCUCUGAAAGAUGUCGCCACCUAUGAAGAAGAUGCGUCCAGUGAUUUCAAGGAAUCCUCGCCAGCGAAUAUUUUGCAGUUGAAAACACAGGCAUGUACGGUGCGUGAUCAGAUUUUGCUCGAGGAGAAGGACGACAAGAAGUCGAGGGCAAAUGGACUGCGUUCGGGAGACAAGUACCGCCGCAAACUAGCCGAUCUCGAGUCCCAGCUAGUGCUGGCUUCACCCAAUUUAGUAUUUAGAAUAGGCAACAAGGUGACCAAUAAGACGAUGACAUUCUUCCUCAGUUCAGAUUUUGAGCGAACGCAAUGGAUUGAGUCGAUUAAAUCUUUGAAGGAUCAACUAUGCAACAUUCCCGGGUCAAAUGCGAUCAAUGCAUUAGAUGUCCAUGCAUACAUUCUGGCUAUGCAAAAAGGCAUGAAGGCUGAGAUGGGUUCCUAUUUGUUGCGUAACAACAACGACGAGAGUCUAUUGGUGGGAGAUCUGCAUAUGACUGUCCAGGGACUGACUGGUCUGGAACAUCCGGCAGAUCUGUAUAUUUGCAUUGAGGUAGAUUCGUAUGGACAUUACUUCCGUAAGGCAACAACAAAAAUGGUCUGUCGGAGUACGAGCCCAUUGUGGAAUGAAAGCUUUGUUCUAGAACUCGAGGGCAGCCAAAACGUCCGAAUUUUACUCUAUGAAGCCCGUGACAUGCCCUUAUUGAGGGCGAAAUAUAUUUUAAAGUUGAGUCGAACAUGGUUGCAAGAGGCACCAACAAAUAAAGUGAUAAAACUAAGUGAUACCAUCACGUUGAACACAUCCCUAAGAUUUGUCCCCGGAGAAGUUACACUGAGGAGAGUACCGACAUCCAAGCCAGGUGCUUUAUUCGGUGCUAAAAUGAGUCAAAUUUUAAAACGUGAAAAACGUGACAUUCCGUUCAUCAUAAGCGCCUGUGUUCGUGAAGUGGAACGACGUGGUAUGACUGAAGUGGGCAUUUAUCGAGUAAGUGGAUCAGCGUCUGAUCUGGCCAAGCUGAAGAAGUCUUUCGAAACAAAUGCAUAUGAGGCUGAACAAAUGUUAAAGGACGUUGACAUUCACUCGGUUACCGGUAUCCUCAAAUCGUAUUUGCGAGAACUACCCGAAGCUCUAUUCACCGACUUGUUGUAUCCCGAAUUGUUCGAGACAUUCAACCAAUUUAGCAACAACAACGAAACAGCCCGCAUUAAGGAACUGUUAUCGAUAUUUGAAAAACUUCCGCUAGCCAAUAAAGCUUCUAUUAAUCACAUUCUAGAUCAUUUAAUUAGAGUAAACCGACAAGAGGCCGAUAAUAAGAUGUCUCUACAUAAUUUGGCAAUGGUGUUUGGUCCAACACUCCUGCGACCGGGUCAAACGCAAAUCAAACAAAAGGAUAUGCUUGCUUCUAGCACCGUCGAUGUGAUGGCCCAAGCUGGCAUUCUCUAUUGCUUCCUGCAGGCGCGCCUCAAAAAAGAUUAGUGUUUGCAAAUACAGCGAGCACUGGCCUAUCAAAUGUUGUGUUCGCCGAGUAGCUUGAAGAAGGCUUCACGUCUUUUUCCACUGUAAAUACCAAAAGAGUUUUAUUAUUUGUAUUUUAUUCGAUUUCUGUUUUUAUUUUCUGCCACAUGCGAUAUGUUUUGUUUCUGUUUUUAAAUAUUGUUCUCUCCUAAUAAAAUACUUCUCCAAAUGUAAACUAUAAAUAUAUUAUUACUAUAUUAUUGUUCACUAUACUAUAUCACUUUAUAUAUAUAUAGAGUUCCACUUAAAGCAACACAUUUAACUAUAAACUUAAAAACAAACCGAAAACAAAAAGAAGUUGUUAAAUUAGAAAACAAAAAUAAAAAGAACUUAUUUGUGGAGAAAAUUAUAGAGAACUUAAAAUAAAUUAAAAAAAAAUGGUAUAAAAUAAAUCUUGUAUAUUCUUAAAUUUAAAUAUUUUUUUUUUCUAAUGAGUAAUAGGAAGUAUGUUUUAUUUUUUUGUAUUUAUUAAAGAUAAUGUUAACAUUUAAGAAUCCUUUAUAUAUUGUAUACAACAAAACAACAUUUAUUAUUAUUAAUUUUUAAUUUGAAUUAACGAGUAUAAACAAACAAUUUAAAUGAUGUGCUUUUUAUUAUUAUAUAAAAAAUUGAAAAAAAAAAAUACAACAACAAAUAUAGUAUAUAUAAUUA